AGAACGUUACAGACACAAAAAAAACAGAGCUUCCUUUAGAUACAUGAUGCAUCAUCGUACACGCAAUCUAUUCCAAAACAAUUGUUCUCAAUACUCCAGAAAAUAAUAUCAUCAUAGGCACUAUCGUCUCGGCCAUUGCAACUUCCGCCGCGUCUCCGCCGUGUCGUCCAGGAGGUUGCAGGGGUUAGAGGUUGUCAGAUAUGUGCAUUGCUUUUACAUUGAAAGCGGUUCACAAGACAAAUAAAUAAUUUGCUUUUGCAUCAGUUACUUAUUCAGUUUUAUUAACAUUACCACGGCAUACGUUUUUGAGAAUUUUAUUGGAACUUAGUUUGUUUGAUCAUGGGCACUGGUUGCACUUUACAACUGUCCCCACAACUGGGAAUGUAUAGAAACCAUCCAUCCAGUAGAGAAUUUCAGAGUUGGGCGGCAAGUGGCAGAGUAAAAUUAUUAGGUGCUGUAUCAUCAAUUUCCUUGCGACAGGAUUCUUUGAGUAUUUGUCUUUCAGAUAGACUGCACAAACGAGUACAUGCUGCUCCAUAUAAGCGCAAUCACUUCACGUGUCAUUCCUUGUUAAAUUUAGGUCAUUCUCUCCACAUCUCUAGUUUAAAGAACACAGCUGCAGAAUUGACGAGGUCUUGCGGUGCUUUGCAAGGUAAACAUGUUGUCUUUAAGUUGGUCCCGGCAAUUACAAUCUUACUUUUUGCUGUAUGGGGCCUGGGGCCAGUAAUGCGUCUUAGCAGAAACAUAUUCCUUCAUAAAAGUGAUAAAAGUUGGAACAAGAGUGGUACCAAUUAUGUAGUGACGUCUUAUCUCCAGCCUAUUCUGCUUUGGACUGGAGCAACACUCAUCUGCAGAGCAUUGGAUCCUGUAGUCUUACCAUCAGAGGCUAGUGAACUUGUUAAGCAACGUCUUCUGAAUUUUGUGAGGUCCCUGUCAACUGUGCUAGCUUUUGCAUAUUGUAUUUCAAGUGUCAUUCAACAAACACAGAAGUACUUUAUGGAGACAAGCGAGCCCGCUGAUUCAAGAAAUGUGGGAUUUCAAUUUGCUGGCAAAGCUGUUUAUACUGCAGUUUGGGUGGCUGCUGUAUCAUUGUUCAUGGAGUUGCUAGGUUUUUCUACCCAGAAAUGGCUCACUGCCGGAGGUCUUGGAACAGUCCUCCUGACACUUGCGGGUCGUGAGAUUUUUACAAAUUUCCUUUCGAGUGUAAUGAUUCAAGCAACCCGCCCUUUUAUUGUGAGUGAGUGGAUUAAAACAAAGAUUGAAGGCUAUGAAGUUUCUGGUACUGUUGAGCAUGUGGGGUGGUGGUCACCAACUAUAGUACGAGGAGACGACCGUGAAGCUAUUCACAUCCCGAAUCACAAGUUCACGGUAAAUGUUGUUAGAAAUAUCACACAAAAAUCUCAUUGGCGUAUCAAAACUCAUCUUGCCAUCAGCCACUUGGACGUCAACAAGAUUAAUAAUAUUGUAGCUGAUAUGCGGAAAGUGUUGGCGAAGAAUCCUCAAGUAGAACAACAGAAGUUGCACAGAAGAGUGUUUUUAGAGAAUGUUAAUCCUGAAAAUCAAGCACUUAUGAUCCUGAUAUCCUGCUUUGUCAAGACAUCACGUUUUGAAGAGUACCUAUGUGUCAAGGAAACUAUACUCUUAGAUCUCUUAAGGGUUAUUAGCCAUCACCGGGCCCGGCUUGCUACUCCUAUUCGUACAGUUCAGAAGAUGUAUGGUGAUGCUGAUUUGGAUAGCAUGCCAUUUGCUGAUUCAGUCUUCACUCGUGGUAGAGCACCUACAAACCGUCCUUUACUUUUAAUUGAGCCCUCAAACAAAGUCAAUGGGGAAGGUAAAACAAAAUCUCAAACUCGCUCAGCACGCACUAAUGGAGAGCAAGACAACAAAGCUGUUGCACGGACAUCUGACAAUCAAAUAGAUGUAAAGGGUGGACCAUCUGAUGCUAAAACCAAAGAAAAAUCAUCCUCUGACUCCAAAGUAAAAGCAAAUUCUAGUGCUGGAGUUGUGCCUGAUCCUGACAGCAAAAAGGACCAAAAAUUCGAAGGAAUGCCUGUAUAUGACACCAAGCAGGGUGAUAAAGUUGGCGAUAAAGUCUUGUCAAAAUCUACAGCCAAGGCAGUUUCUAAAAUUGGAGAAAUUUCAAGCUCCAAUUCAAAUGCCCCUGUUUCCAAAAAUGUUACAGAAAACAACUCAACCAAGAAGCAACCUAAAAAUGGAGAACUGAAAAGUGCUCCGCAGAACAUUGUAGUGGAGAAUCCCUCGGCUGCUGUUCCAGAAACAUCCAAGCGCAAAGCUAAUUCAUCCAUCUCAAACUCAAAGCAAGCAGAGAGGUUAACAGCGGUAGAUAUACCUGCAUCAAGACCUGUAUCGGAAGAAAAUAUAGUGUUGGGUGUUGCUUUGGACGGCUCAAAGCGAACCCUUCCUAUAGAAGAAGGGAUGCCUCCCUCUGCGACUUCGAAGGAAGUCAAAGAACUGGCUACAUCCCGAAGUGGGAGUGCAUCUUCAACGGUUGACAAGGACAAGAAAGAUAAUCAAAAUUCAGCGGGUGCAACACCUGCUGAUAAGUAAGAUACUGCACAGUUAUAAAUUUAGUUCCUAGUUAUGAAGACUGCAUUACUCUUGCCGUUCACCUUGUAUAUGUUCCACUGCAGAUCCUCCGUGAUUAUAUUUUUGGGGGAUUUUGCCUGCCUGGAGUUGAAACUUAUUUAGUUUAUAAAAACAGGAACCAGAUCUAAGGGGAGCUGUACAUUCUCUACAAUUUACAAUUUGCCAGGUUUACUUUUGGGAUCCUUUCUGGAAACAACAGUUGGUCUUUAAUAAGUAACUAUACAUGUAUAUUGAGAGUUGGCAAUAAAGACUUUUAUACAAUUGAUAUUUGAUCA